UACUAUGUUCGAAAAAAUAUCCAAUAUUAAAACAGAUUUAAUACAUAUUGCUUCUACCUUUUCGUCAGUUUCUUAUAUUACUUUCACUGGCAAACUCUUUCAGUUUAUAUCGAUUCGUGAAAACGAAAGUAUCUACACGAAGUGUCACAGUUAUAAAGAUGGAGAAUUUAAUGAUCGCAUUUAUUCUGAUUAGCCCUUGCCUGGGGAACAUAUCACAUCUUUUGUCAGAAUCAUCUACAACGACUACUCCACCAUCGCCUCCUAAACCUUAUAGCUUUCAUUAUCAAGCAGGACGAUAUCCUGGAAAUAUAGAUCGUGUUCAUCAAGAAAGUGGAGAUGGUACUGGACAUGUUCAAGGUUCUUAUUCUUUUAUCGAUCCCAAACAUAAAAUACGAACAGUACAAUAUAUAGCCGAUGAAAAUGGAUUUCAUGCAUCUUUAAUAAAUUAUGAAGAUACAGUUAUUCAACCUGUCGAUUCUGAAACAGUAAGACUCGCGAAGGAAAAACAUUUUCGAUUGUAUCAGAAGAUAGCUGAAGCAAAUGCUCAUGGUGUUCCAAUCAAUCUUCCACAAGAUUCUGCAAAUGUGGAGAAAGCAAAGGAUAAACAUAUUCAACUUUACCAAAAAAUCGCCGAGGAACAUGCGGCAAUUGCAGCUCAAAGAGAAACUGAACGAUUAGCCUAUGAAGCUACUUCUGUAGUAAACGAUGUAAAUCUCGAUCAUGCGUACUAAUUUGUGCAUGACAAAACAAUAGAAAAGAAUUAGAAACACAAUGAUUAUUACUGAGUAUUAUAUAAUACUGUUUUUAUUAUGAUUUUCAUGAAAUUUAAUAUUUAAGAAUUUAAAUUUAAGAUCAAAUGUAUAUAAACUAUAUAAUAUACAGACUACUUAAUUUGAUUUACAAACAUGAAGUAUUUUAAUA